CUCACAAAGAAGGUAAAGAAGCUCCGCAGAACAACAGACUACUGAAGAUGGUUUGGGAAGGAGGAAUCGAGCCCAAUGGCACAGAGGGCAAGAACUUCUACAUCCCCAUGUCCAACAGGACUGGGAUCGUUAGAAGUCCCUUUGAAUACCCGCAGUAUUAUCUGAUUGAUCCCAUCGUCUUCAAGCUUCUCGCUUUCUACAUGUUCUUCCUGAUCUGCACUGGAACUCCCAUCAAUGGUCUGACAUUGCUGGUAACGGCUCAGAACAAGAAGCUCCGGCAACCUCUCAACUACAUCCUGGUCAACCUGGCUGUGGCUGGACUGAUCAUGUGCGCCUUCGGGUUCACCAUCACCAUCACGUCUGCUAUGAAUGGCUACUUCAUUCUCGGAGCCACCUUCUGCGCUAUUGAGGGAUUCAUGGCCACACUUGGAGGUGAAGUUGCCCUCUGGUCACUGGUCGUCCUGGCUGUUGAGAGAUACAUUGUCGUCUGCAAACCCAUGGGAAGCUUCAAGUUCACUGGAACUCAUGCUGCAGCUGGAGUCAUUUUCACCUGGAUCAUGGCUCUGGCUUGUGCUGCACCUCCUCUUUUUGGCUGGUCCAGGUACCUCCCUGAGGGAAUGCAGUGCUCCUGCGGACCCGACUACUACACUCUGGCUCCAGGCUUCAACAACGAAUCAUACGUCAUGUACAUGUUUGUUGUCCACUUCUUCAUUCCCGUCUUCCUCAUUUUCUUCACUUAUGGAAGCCUUGUGCUGACAGUCAAAGCUGCUGCAGCCCAGCAGCAGGAGUCGGAGUCCACCCAGAAGGCUGAGAGGGAAGUGACACGUAUGUGCAUCUUGAUGGUCUUUGGCUUCCUGGUAGCUUGGGUACCAUAUGCUUCUUUCGCUGGUUGGAUCUUCCUGAACAAGGGUGCCGCCUUCUCAGCCCUGACAGCUGCUAUCCCUGCCUUCUUUGCAAAGAGCUCUGCUCUGUACAACCCCGUUAUCUAUGUGCUGAUGAACAAGCAGUUCCGUAACUGCAUGCUGAGCACUAUUGGAAUGGGCGGCAUGGUGGAGGAUGAGACCUCAGUUUCUACCAGCAAGACAGAAGUGUCUUCUGUCUCUUAAAUACAGAGACAUUUUCAUACACCUGGACAUUUUCCUUUCUACUGUCUCUUUGAUCUGGAAUAAUCCUUGAUGUGGACUGAGAGAAGUUCAGGGAAGUCUGAACUACUUGACCAGUGAUGAGCUUCUCCAGGAGCAAACUCACCAGGAGCUUUUUCUCAUCUUUUUUUAAAAGAAUGCUGGAAAUUGUUUGUCAUGUCGAUGUGAAUUCAGAAUCAUUGCAAAUAAUGAUAAGAUCUGUGAACACAUGUAUGUGGAUGCUCACUUUGACUCCCCCUGUUUCCAGAGGCACCGAAAUGCUUCUGCUGUUCGGUGCCAUUGAAUCUACAUAACAUCCUUAAAGAACAUAUGGUUUAAAUGCCAGUAUAGUUUCUUUUGUUUCCUCUUACGUCAGUGGGAGCACAUUUUGUACCGUAUUUUCAAAAUGAGCAACUAUAUACAAUGUCAAACUCUAUUUUUGUCAUUUGCUGAGGUGGUCAUUAUGAAUUGUAAACACUGUAUAUAUACAUAUCUCAAAAAAAAAAAUAGAAUAGAUGAAUAAAU